GUGAGGCACAGUGACAGUUCAAGGAAGAACACAAAGUGUCCUUAGCAGUUCCUGAAUUUCAAACAAUACUGUUGACUGGCACGCAGCUUUCUGAUCCUAAAACUCUGGCGGCACACCUUAAAUGCUGUACAGUGGAAUUUAAUUGGCGCUAAACAUAACACUAGUAUCUGUUUCUGGAGCGUGAAUUUACACAGUUGGGGAAUUCAUUUCAGCUUUCAGAGGCAAAUGAGGAGAGCUCUUAGUUAGAUGCGCAAUCUAGUUUAUGUGAGACCCCCAAGGCAAAGGUUAUACAUUCAAACACUUGCAAGCAAAAGGUCUGUCUCUGCAGAAAAGUUCCUGAAAUUUAAAUUACCAUAGAGUGAAAUUAAAUCCUUGUACAAGAUCCAGAAGAGCUGAGUGAUAUAGAUCUAGAAAAGAUUAUAUUUUUAGGUAAAGAAAACGUGCACAGAAUCAGAUGUUUCAGAGCCUCAGAAUUCCAGGUCUAUGGAAAUGCAGGAUCUAGCAAGCCCUCAUAAUCUUGUGGGAAGUAGUGAUACUUCAGGUAGCUCCAAACUGGAUAAAUCUAAUCUCAGCAGCACAUCUGUUACAACAAAUGGAACAGGAGGAGACAACAUGACUGUUUUAAAUACUGCAGACUGGUUGCUGAGUUGCAGCACUCCCUCUUCUGCAACAAGUAUGAGAGAUCAUGUGUCUCUUCUUGCAGUCAAAACAGAGCCCAUGAACAGCAGUGAAACAACAACAACAACUGGAGAUGGAUCGCUUGACACUUUUACUGGGUCAGUAAUAACGAGUAGUGGCUACAGUCCAAGAUCAGCACAUCAGUACUCACCGCAGAUAUAUCCCUCAAAGCCCUAUCCACACAUUCUUUCUACACCAGCAGCACAAACUAUGUCAGCCUAUGCUGGACAGACCCAGUAUUCAGGAAUGCAACAGCCAGCAGUCUAUACAGCCUACUCACAGACAGGACAGCCUUACAGUUUACCUACUUACGAUUUGGGUGUAAUGUUGCCAGGCAUCAAGACGGAAAGCGGGCUUUCACAAACACAGUCACCACUGCAGAGUGGGUGCCUCAGUUACAGUCCAGGAUUUUCCACCCCGCAACCAGGCCAAACACCGUAUUCUUAUCAAAUGCCAGGUUCUAGCUUUACACCAUCAUCUACUAUUUAUGCAAACAAUUCAGUCUCAAAUUCUACAAACUUCAGUAGUUCACAACAGGAGUAUCCAUCUUACACCACUUUUGGCCAAAACCAAUAUGCACAGUAUUAUUCAGCAUCAACCUAUGGAGCAUAUAUGACCUCAAACAAUACCGCUGAUGGCACUUCUUCAUCAUCAUCCACCUAUCAGUUGCAGGAGGCUCUCCCUGGCCUGACUAGUCAACCAGGUACAGACCUACAUUCAGGGGAGUUUGACACAGUACAGAGCCCCUCAACACCCAUCAAAGAUCUUGAUGAGAGAACGUGUAGGAGUUCUGGGUCAAAGUCCCGGGGUAGAGGGCGGAAGAAUAAUCCAUCACCCCCUCCAGACAGUGACUUGGAGCGUGUAUUUGUUUGGGAUUUGGACGAAACUAUUAUUGUAUUUCAUUCGCUGCUUACAGGAUCCUAUGCACAAAAAUAUGGCAAGGACCCACCAAUGGCAGUGACCCUUGGCCUGCGAAUGGAAGAAAUGAUUUUUAAUCUCGCUGAUACACAUUUAUUUUUUAAUGAUUUAGAGGAAUGUGAUCAAGUUCACAUAGAUGAUGUUUCCUCUGAUGACAAUGGGCAAGACCUAAGUACCUACAGUUUUGCAACUGAUGGCUUCCAUGCAGCUGCAAGUAGUGCAAACCUUUGUCUGCCAACAGGUGUGAGAGGAGGGGUGGACUGGAUGAGGAAGCUGGCUUUCCGUUACAGAAGAGUAAAAGAAUUGUAUAAUACUUACAAGAACAAUAUAGGAGGACUCCUUGGCCCUGCUAAAAGAGAUGCAUGGUUGCAGUUAAGAGCAGAGAUUGAAGCUCUGACAGACUCCUGGUUGACAAAUGCACUUAAAUCAUUAUCAAUUAUUAGCACAAGGAGUAACUGUGUAAAUGUUUUGGUAACUACAACCCAACUUAUCCCAGCACUUGCAAAAGUCCUGCUAUAUAGUUUAGGAGGUGCUUUUCCUAUUGAAAAUAUUUACAGUGCAACCAAAAUAGGAAAAGAAAGUUGCUUUGAACGAAUAAUGCAAAGGUUUGGCAGAAAAGUAGUAUAUGUUGUAAUUGGGGAUGGUGUAGAAGAAGAACAGGCAGCAAAAAAGCACAACAUGCCUUUCUGGAGGAUAUCAAGUCACUCAGACCUCUUGGCUCUACAUCAAGCACUGGAACUAGAGUAUUUGUAACUGUAUUCUAUAGUUGACGAUCCUUUUUUAUAUUUCAAGUACACUGAAUUUUUAUGUGUGAUUCGAUGCCUCUGGCUUUACACAUAUGAAUUGUCUUAAGAAGGGAAGAAAUAUUUGGAAUGGAAAUUCCAAAAUGAAGAAUUCAGAUUGCUGAAUGGAGUUAAAACGUUAGUGCUACAUAAGGAAGCUCUAUGGUCUUAUAUAUGCAACGUUUUUAAUAAAUAAAAACUCUGGAGGUUGCUGGUACACACUGAAUGAGCCCUAGCAGGAGUGAAAAAGGACUCAUACUUGCAAAGCACCAACAUGCGUUUUCCGACCGACAAGGUGGUGUUCAACAACAUUCCUCAAUAUGGGAUAUAUUCUCAGCACUGAGGUUUGAAUCAAACUUUAGCCUACCUAACCCAGAAAAUCUGAAUUGGAAUGCACUCAGACUGUAUAAUGACAAUCCUGUCUAGACCUGUAAUUUGUGUAAAUUAUUGAUGAAGAUAAUUUACUGUGACUUUAUUAGCAGCUGAUUUUGGAAGUGGAUGCAAUUUUUGUUUUUUGAGGGGGUAGGGGGUGGGAGUGGGUUAUAUAAUAUUGUCUCUUUUAUAAGUUUGGCAAACAGAAUGUGCAUAAUGAUGUGUUGUGCCUUAAAGACAAGACCGUGUUUGUGUGUUACAAUGUAAUUUUGGUUAAAAACUAUGUAGAUAAAACAGAAAAAUCUUUGUGAUAAUUUUUGACAUGACCAAAUUUCAAAUUCAAGUAAUCAAAGAGCAGGGCUGAAUCAAAAACAUUUAAGUAUUUUUUGCAGUAAGAAGAAAUAAAGAAAAGUUUGUGUUUUUAUUUGGAUUCUGAAUAAUUCCACUAAUCUUGUGAGACAGUUAAGAGGAUGUUGGAAGCUGAAAUGAAAUUGGGGACCAUCACCCUAAAGCUAAAGCAAAUGUUGAACAUCCUGAACACCGUUUCUUGAUUCUCAUAUAAGAAAACUAAGAGCCAUAUUCAUGAUUAAUCUACAGUCCACCAAAAAAAACACAAAACAACCCAUAGAGAGCAUCUGUAAACAUCAAAAUCCAGCAAAAAGGUAUUUAACAUGCAACAACUAAUUUUAAUUGCAUGGGUCCAAGAGGGAAAAGAGCUGUUAUGAGCAGAGAUGGAAAAAAUGCUACUCAAAAAAGAGGGAAUGUAAAAUCAUCUCUUACAAGUCAGAUGCAUGGUUUUGUCUGUGCUUAGGAUACCCAAACUGAGUCAAAAUUGCUGAAGUAUCAGACCUAAUCCAUAAUCCAAAUUAUGAUGCUGACCAUUACAUGAGCACAUUCUAUUUUGCUAGAUUUAACAGUGGUUUAGUUGCUUCCCUUUUCUAUUACAUGGAAGAAUGGCAUUCAUCAGCCUUGGUCUUAUAGGAUUUCUUUUUCACUGUUUUUAUUGAACAUGCAUACUGUAUGAAUAAGAACUGCUCUAGUAUUUUUAAUUGGAAAUUUCUGAUUGAAAUUUCAACAUUUGGGAGAGGACAAACAGAGCUGAAUUUCUGAAGAACCGUUGGGAGAGAUUUUCCCUUUGUUUUACCUGUUUCUAACAUAAUCAUUGUGGUCAGUGCAAGCAGUUCCCCACCUAAGCCACCUUCCUGCUCUCUUCAUAUAGUUUCCCAGAUUAGGAAUGGAACUAAGGAUCACAUUGCAUUGCUGCAGCCCCAGCACCCCACAUUUGAUUCCAGUGCCAUGAAGCAAUUGGAAAUGUUAUCACUUCAGCGCUGUUGUGGAGGAUGGCAAUUGCUUUUCCUUUUGUUGAUACUAAAUGCGGAGACCCAUGUGGGGUCCACAUGCUCUGACGUUUUAUAGAGAUACAGCCAUGAGAGAAUGUGAAAGGCAAAUGCCAGCGGCAUCUGUGUAAUUCUGGUAUUCAGUGAUGAAGUGCAGUCCUCCCACUCAACUGUGAAACCAACUUAUACACCAGGUACUUACAUGAAAUGGCUACUUUGCUAUUUUAAAUUACAUAGACCAGGGGUUGGCAACAUAUGACCCGCAGGCCAGAUCUGGCCCUCGCUGUCAUGGAACCCAACCCAUGGAGCUGGAGGUCUUUGCUUGUGCCCACACCAGACCCAGGCAGCAAAGAGCUGCUGCCACUGGCACUUCUGCCCACCCACCUGGCUCCAGUCCUAUGCAGACUAGAUGGUUUUAGUGGCACGUCAGUGGUGGAGAGCUUUGCUUAUGGGAGCCACAGGAGCCAUGCCUGCACUGCCACUGCUUCUCCCAGCCCUCCUACUUCCCAGCUGAAGCAUGGGCACAGCUUUCAGCUGGUGGGGAGCUGCACAGGGGCCAGGCAGCUUCCAGCUGUGCCUACACCACAGCUGCAGGAGCAGGCUGGAGGAGAAGUGGCAACGUGGGCACAGUCUGCAGAUAGCUGGCUUUGGCACAACUCCACAUCAACUGGAAACUGUUCCUGCUCCACAGGCAGAGAGCAGGGGGCUGGGAAGAAGCAGCAGUGGUGCAGGUGCAAGGAAAGCCCCCAGCCACUGACACACCACUGAAGCCACCCAGUCCACGUGGGCCGGAGCCAAAUUGUUCUGGCCCACAGAUUGUAAAUCAUUUCCACCCCAGCCCCUGAUGUAAGCCAAAUCACAUCUCUGCAGGUAAAAGCAUGGCCCCAUUAAAGUCAAUAGGAAUACUCCUUUAUAAUGAAUUCCUCUGCCUCUGCUGGAGGUUUGUACCCAAGUCAUUCACACAACAAACUAAUGUACAGUUUUCAUUUGGUGUAGAUGAAGUAUACAGUCAUCAUGCAGGCCUUGUCCCAUUGAGACACCUAUGUACAUGAGAAAUACAGUAUGAGGAUUCUUCUUUCCCUUCUUGAAAGAUUUCUAUGACUAAAAAAAUAUUCAAGUAUUUCAAGUCUGGUCAGAUUUGGGCUUGAGUUUAAAUUUUAUGCGAAAGUCCAUUCUAAAACUUACAAAAGGGUUUCCUUUAAAAAAAUCCCAAUGGGAAAAAAGUUUAAAAAAAAUAAACCCACAGGUAGCAGCAGUUAUAGUGUAUGAGAACCUAAAAAAUAAACUAAAACUAAAAAUGCUAUUUUGAUAUGGUAAAUGUGAUUAUUUUCAUUUUUUAUAAGUGAAAAAGUUAUUGUAAAUAUGCUAAAGACCAUUACUCUUCAAAUGACUUAAAAUUUUUCAGGGUUCCUUUCAAAAGUUAGUUAUAACAACAUACAAAUAACCCAUAGACUGCCAUUGAUUUUUUUUUUCAAAAAAUUGCACUGGCCUUAUCGAAACUGUAGUUCAGUCUACGGUUCAGUGAGCAAUAUGUGUUAAUUCUGGAACCUUCUAUGUACCACCAUAAUCCAACCUUAGCUAAUUUAUAGUUUUUUGAAAAUGUACAUAAUUUUAUCCAGUUCUACAUGACACACCAAAUACCAAAGUCCUGAAAAAGAGCUGUAAUUCCUUGUGUACUAAUAUACAUACUUUGAUGUAAGAGCAAAGUAGUACGUACAACGUCUUUAUACAUAAUCUCUUCAUGUGCUUGUCUGCCUUGGAUGCAGAAUUUAUUAUAAGACUUUCUGCAUGAAAAAAAGCAGAGGAAAAUAACUAUAGUAAAAUCAAACUGUUCCAUGUGGGCAUGAUUGAACCUAAGUUGAGGUUUGGUCAUUUGGACUUUGAGUGCAUUUUAAUUCAAUGUAUAUGAACUAUCAUACAGUCAGAAACUGCCUUCUCUUUAACCCCUCCUGUAAGAUGCAAGAUGUCAUGUAUGCAAAUACUGUGUGAAAUUAAAAUAUAGAAUAUCAUGCCUUUUGCAGAGACUGUAGCAUCCUAAAGUGAGUACAGUACUUUAACAUUAGGCACUGUUAAUGUUGAACUUGCAGAAUAUAAAUAAGUGCAGUUCCAUUCAGAGUAGGCAAUAGCUUUCACAACUACAAUACAAUAUGGAUAACUUAGUACUGUUCAGUAUAACGGUAAAGCAGUAAAAUGAAAUCACUUUAGGAAUACUUGCAGAUCAUGCAGAUAGAUAAAGGUGAUGGCUGGCUCCCAGAAUUGGAUGUUGUUAGUGUUCAGUAUGAGCAGCAAUACAUGCGCCCAAUACAGGUGCAAAAGCUUGUUCCAGUGUAAGCACUGACACAGGAGAUGAUUCCAAACCAAAAUCCUGGAUGCAAACACUCCUGAUCAUGGGUAAUUGACAUCCUUUUCAAAUCUCAACUUCCAAAGUUUGUAGAUUUGGCCCAUUUUAAGGAAACUGUAGGUUCUAGCUCUGAACUUAAAUCCAGAUCCAGGCUUUUGGUUCAGGAGUCAUCUCUACUUUACAUGCUCAAUACCAAGAGUUUGGUUUAAAUGAAUAUGGUAUUUAGUAUCUCUGAAGAGGAAUUUAAGUGACAUGAGCCAAAAUUGCGUUUUGACUCCCAGCAUUAAUCGCAUUUUGGAAAUCUCAUUGAAGAAGCCAAGGAUCUCUGUCAUGUAUUAGCAAGUUAUAGUUUAUUGGGGCCUACGUAAUUUAAGAAAAUGUAAAUUAAUAUUAAAGCUUGUAAAAUAUGUACAUCUUUACUAUUUCUCAAUAAACACACUCAGAAAUGUUGUCAUUUUCUGC